AUGACGGACAAUGAUGGCCAAGAAGCCAGGGGAGGACGAAACACCACAAAUAUCGAAUGCUGCGUGUGCCUUGACCAGUUCCAACGAAGCGAGGUAACUCGUGUUGGCUGUGACCACGAAUACUGCCACGACUGCAUCAAGCAGCUCUUCACCAAGUCCCUCCACGACGAAUCGCUGUUUCCACCGAAGUGCUGCGGCCAGGAGAUCCGGCUUGCACUCGUCGAGGACCUCUUGAACGAGGAUGAGAUCGAAACCUUCCACCACCGCGAGAUUGAACAUACCACAGCCCACCGCGUCUACUGCGGGAACCGGGCGUGCGGCGCCUUCAUUCGACCGGAACUCAUCACAGGAGACAGGGCCCGUUGCACCGGGUGCCUCAACCUGACCUGUGCUCGAUGUAUGAACCCAUUCCACUUUGACGCCGACUGCCCUGAGGAUCCGGCCAUCCAAGCCACGCUGGCGCUCGCGGAGCAGGAAGGAUGGCGACGGUGUUACUCGUGCAAGGCAGUCGUGCAGCUUUCUCGGGGCUGCAAUCACAUGCGAUGUCGCUGUGGUGCACAGUUCUGUUACCGAUGCGGCGCGAAAUGGCGCACCUGUCACUGCCCCCAACAUGAACGUGGGAACCACUUCGCCAACCCCGAAUGGGUAAUGCCGCCACCUCGCGACCACGGCCCUCUCCCGCUUCCACCCCGCGCACCCCCCCAAGCGCCGCUCAACCCUCCACGAAAUAGGAUCAAUGAACGGCACACCUGUGUGACUUUCUUGCGCAGAGAACAUGGACGCCCACGCGGCUCCGGAUGCGAAAUCUGCAAUAGUGUCCUCUUCUUGUAUGAGUGUCAAGACUGCGAACGCCUCAUUUGCGAGUACUGCCUUACUCACAACGUUGAUCGGAUCUAA